AUGAUCAUGAUGGAACCAUCCAAUGCGGUGAUCGCUUUUCUCAUCACCGUGGCCUGCGUUUCAGCGACCGUCGUUCCCGGAAAACGUAAGUAUAUGGUUUGUUUGUUUUUUUUUUUUAUACAUUCAACGAUUUCGUUACCGUUAAUUUUAUUGUUAUCGUCGGCUAAGGAAACGGAUAAAAAAAACAAAUAAAAUUUAAAAAAAAUUAUUAAUUUUUUCACGAGCAAUAUUUUAACAUUUAUUUUACGAAAUAAAAUUGAAAUUUACGAACUCGAUUAAUAACAACAAUAACGUAGUAACGAUUUCACAAGGAUGUGCAACAAACAUUUGGGUUUUUACUUUUUUUUUUUUUUACACGGUGAAAUAUUAAAAUAUUAAUACAAUAAUAUUACUACUACUACUACUACUAUUACUACUCAUACUAUUAUGAGGGUUGUUUGGCGGUGAUAUGAAUAUUGUUGAUUAAAAGUCGCUUAUAUAUAGAUUCAGCGUGUAGAUGUAAUAUAUAAUUAAUAAGUAUAUUACGGGGUAUAUUAUAUAUUGGUAUAUCGCAGUAAAAAAUCGAUUAGAAAAAAACAAAAUCGCCGGUAAAAUAAUACAAUUUUAUACAUUUUUUUCGUUUUUCUCGAAUGGAGAAAAGGAGUUGGACAAUUUCAGAAAGCGUACGAAAGAAGUAAUUAAUUUUUUGACGAAACAUUGUCAAUUAUAUUAAACAUUGCGGUUAAAAAAAAAAAAAAAUAUUAUACACCAUAAAUUAUAUUACUGGGUAAUCGUUUAUUACUACCGUUAAACUUGAAUUCUGGGAACAUUAUAAUAUAUAUAAAUAAAACAAUAUAUAGUUUAUAACAAAAGUGUAUAGAGUAUAAGUAGGUAUAUGGCGGUUAAAGAUCGAUUAAAAAAAAAUAAUAAAAAAAUACCGUCCGGCAAUUAUAUAGGUAAAUCACCCGUCAUUUUGUUAUAAUAUGCAUAUUUAGUUCUCUGUACCGUCGCCCUCCCCACCCCACGUACAAAUAAACUUGGGAGUUAUCGUUUUUUUUUUUUAUUAGUUUUGCGUGCUUGUCCCGAGUUCUCACUGCGUUUUUUAAGAGAUAACAUAUGGUUUUUGUCAUCACGAAAACAAUGUGUAUUGUAUAAGAAUCAUUUUUUACGAUGAACCUUCGACGGUCGAUUAUCGUUUUAAUUCGUUUUCCUCCUCCCCGUUUCUACCGAUUCGGUAUAAAUUCAACGUAAUUGCUCUAAUUAUCUCGCGCCCCUGCGACUAGAUCAAUUUAAAAAUACCACUCCUCGGUCUCCUAAUUUCGCUUAACCCGACUAAAACCCAUUAACGUUUCGAUUUCCUCGAGUGAAACCGUCCACUCCGUUAAAAUAAUACAUUUAAUAACACGAAUAUAACGUAUAAUAUUAAAUACUAUCGUAAACCUACAAAUAUUAAUUCAUUUAAUAUUUAAUAAUAAAAUGUAAUUAUUUUUACGAUGAUAAACGCUUUUCCCGCACAAUACAAAAAAAAAAAAAUCAAAAAUCAUCAGCACCCGUAGUGUAAAUGAUACCACGAUUACGGUUUCGCAACUAGCUAUAAUAAGAUCUUGGUUCCCGAAGUGUCUUCGAUAAACUGUUGAUAAGAAAAGGCGACUAGCGUUCAUAACGGACGUUCAUAAUAUUAUAGAGUUGGUUCGUGAUUAUCACUAUCACCAUUUACUGCGUCACUGCGUCAGUUCAUUUUACAAUUACUAUACAUAGAUCGUGCCGUAGGACAUUUCUUAUCAGUUAAAAGACGCUUCGAAGGUCUCGUCGUGUAACCAAUAUAUUAUUAUCUUUAAUCGUCUAUGAUACAAAAAUCGUUUGUUAAAAAUAAUAACAACAAUAUAAUAAUAUUAUCACAGCUAUAAUAUAGGCAUCCUUUUCGUUAUUAUCGUGUGCGCGCAGUGUGUAUUGUGGUAUAAAUUUUACACUGCACCGCCGAACAUACGGACGCGUACGAAUAUUAUUACGUGUGUAUAUUAUAAUAAUAUAAUAUAUGUGGCUGAUCGAACGGUAUAUUUUUUUUACAGGUACUUCUGUGUAUAUAUAUAUAUAUAUAUAUAUAUAUAUCAUGAAUAUUAUAACGCUUUUGUGUAAAGUAUAUCCGGUAGGCGGUACGAUUCGGUACGGAAACGUAACCAGAAUCAUCGUAUAAUAAUAUUAUUACUAUCAUUGUAUUGACUGACUAUCGCCCAUAUUAUCAUACGUACCAUAUAAUAUUAUCAUGGUGUAAAAAGCGUACAUAAAAAGCGUGUGUAUAGUCGUGCAAUAAUUAAUAUCAGUAUAACGCUUUUUUUUUUGUCGUAUCGGCCGUAGACGCGAGAUACGGAUUAGAUGUGUUGAAUGGUAGAGGGGUAGGAGGGACCGCAAACGUUUCCCCCGUUAUCAUGUUAACUAUAUAGCUGAUAAAAUAAAUAUAAACAUAAUAUAUUUACGCGCCGCUAACCGAACGCUUUUAGCGCUACCGGUGGUACGAUUUGGCGUUGCAUUGUUUUCAAUUGCUGGACCCCCCCCACCCAUCGCACGUCGCCGGUACGGCCGGUCCGGGCAAGAUAGUGCCCACCCGAUGCGUAUAUACGGGCGGAGGCAAGGGCUCAACUGCUCUCAGUGGCGAUUUUUGAACUUUUUCCUGGGUGGGAGGUCCUUUGAUAUUGACUUACUAAUAUAUUUAACGGACAAAAAAUAUUUACCCAACAUUUAUUAAUUUAUUUCAAUCGACUUAAAUAUUACUUUUUAUAAUUAUACACACGAAUGUACCUACCUAUGCUUUAAUCAACAAAAAAGUUUAAGUUUAAUUUAAAAAUUAUAACACAAAAUCUACUUUCCUUAGUCUAAACUUGGAGAUAAGGGGUUCAGACCUCCACCCUUACAAAACAAACACUGACCGCCUCCCCUCAAAAUUAAUAAUUGUAUUUAGUUUAUUUGAUAUUAUAAUAUUGUAAAAGAUUUUUUUUUCUUACUAAAAACACAUUCGAAUUUAUAACUGAUACAUUUUAUCUAUAAUCGUGUUCUCGCCUUUCAAGAACUUUGAAAGUGUUGUUUGAAAAUCUUUUCAAAGUUCAAAUAUUAACUCAAUUAUACAUCUAUCACAUUUGCAAUGCCAUUGAACAGAUUUCUGCUCGAGCCAAACUACUAGACGGGUAUUGUAAAAUAUAUACGGGGUACAAGACCGUACCUGUGGGGGGGUGUUUGGGGGAUCAACCUCCUUCCAAAAUAUUUCGUGUUAUAUUAUAUUGUGAGAAAAUAACUUUCUCAGUCGAUAAAAUUAGAACACGGCAAAUGUUUAGUUUACAGUCCCCCUUCCCAAUUACUUUCCAGUCAUGGUCAUGUGGGGGGGAGGUUCAGUGGCUACCGUCAACAAGAGCGAACCAGUUAACAGCCACUUCAUGGGUAUGGACAACUAAUAAGUUUCAUUUUAAUAUCAUUUAUAACACUAUAGAGUUCUAAAUACGACUUUCUAAUUAUUCUUAUUGAUAAACCCCACGAAAACAAAGCUCCGAAUCCAGCCACGGGGAAUGUAUCCACGGGGCUCAAAAAAUCCUCCAGUUAUUAUCAUCACAUUAUCUAUACCGUUCCGAUAACGAAUAUGUAACAAUUCUCUUGGAACACACAGUAUUAUUAUAAGUAGGUACUCCGUAUAAUAUUCGCGAGGCCGUAUCUAGGAAGGAGUUUACACCCCCCCCCCCAAAAAAAAAACACCAGAAUAUUUUUCAAAACUAUUUAUUAUUGUUUUCCGCGGAUAAAUAGUAAUUACGUUUGUUACCACUCCCCCCCCCAUCCCUUGAAUAUUUGGUCGUUUAGCUAGCGUCUCUUGAUUAUCUAUAUAAUUAUCGAAUAACGAUAUAUGAACCGAAUAUCUAUUACUAUGGCGGCGACGAGUUCGUAGCCAAUUUAAACGUUUUUCAACAUUUUAUUAAAAUAAUACAAUCGCGUCGAUUUGCAGAUAUGCAUUUUACAUCGAUAAUACCCAUAAUGGGAUAAUAUUGUUAAAUAAUUUCACGCGGUUUUAAAUAAACGUUAAUUUUCGUUUGAAUUCCGACAUAAUCGUAUAAUAUUUUUACGAUACAAUAUGAACUGGCAAAGUAAUUCAGGUUUUUUCUAGAUAACUGACCGUUGUCCCUUGUUUUAUCGUUGGAUUCUCACCGUUUUUCGAAAAAGUUUUCCUGUAUUAAGACGUUUAGAUACGAAUAAUCAUAAUAUUUUUCAAUUUUUUUUCAAUAAUCGAAUAGAAUACAAUUGCAUUCCAUCGGUGACGGAAAACGUUUGCCUUUUUUUUAAUUUUAUUUAUUGAACGAAUAUAAAUUAGGAUUAUCGUGGGGGGGCGAGGAGGGGCUUGAUUAUCUGCCGAUUUAAUAUCAAAUAAUGUAAACAGGAAUUUAUUUAUUUUUUUUUAUUUUUUUUUCAUUUCGGUUUUCGUUUAGUAUUCUAUACCAUUGUAACAAUAAUCGCUAUAAACACGAAUUACAUUAACUAUAUUAUUACGAACAAAUACUAUUUGUAUGUAAAAUUUGUCUUUCUUACGUCUGUUUCCACACUAUAUGAUUCUCUUUCCCCCUCUAGUUUUAAUACUUUGCCUUGUUUUUUUCUUCUUAUAAAUCACGAUUCAGCGAUUUUCUCGUGAAAAAUUGUACGUAAAUUUUAUUUCGGUUUUUUUUUUUCAAUUAAUUAUUUCUACGGAGUGGGUUUUAAGCUUUAUUUUCCGACUGUUUUAAUAGAUUUUAUUCAUACACAUUACACGAUUAGUUAUGUUGAUUUUUUUUUAGUUGAUUUUCAAAUGGCAAAUUCCUGCCCCGUCCUUUUUUCAACAAAGAUUUCGUAUUUAUUUUUUGGAUGAUAACCUGUCCCCAUACUUUAUUCAAAUUUGGUUUGAAAAUGAAAAGUAGAUAUAAUUCGACAUGUUCAUUACUAAAAAACUAUCGUGUUCGUAGAUUUUUCCAUAGUCGCUGGACCGCGAUAACAAAAAAAAGUCGCCCCGUGUUGUUUGUAUUGUAUUAUAUUAUCCCUUUAGGUAAAUAUUUAAAUAUGUUUUCCGUCCUCGGUCUAAAUUAAACUUUUAUGCAAUCGAGAAUAAAAGAGGACAAUAAUAUUGUUAUUUCAACGCCGCCGUCUUAUAAUUCGACCAUAAAGGUUUGAGAGAACUUUUAUUUUCGCCGACAGUGUCAUAUUUUAUUCGUCCAAUUUAUGCAAAUCGAAGAGAUUGGAAACAACGAUAUUAUGGUUAUUCGUUUAAUUACGCAUACAUAAAUUAACGACAAAAUAUAACAAUAAAAAAAGUCAUUUGGGGGGAUGGAUAGUUCACAACUCUAAAUGUGCCCCUAGAUACGGUAAGAGGUAACCAGUGGUGUGUCUAGGAAUUUUUAACAGGAGGGGAUAUAACAAAUAAAAAUCGUAAAAUCAUCUGCUACCCGACUCGACUUUAUGGAAAUUGAUAAUUCAAAAGCUUAAAAAAAGCCAAUUUCUAAUCAAUAGAUUGAAUUUUUCAUCAUAACUUGGCUGAAAUAUAUGCAUUUUGAUAUUAGAUUACUCGUAUCUUAUUGUAUUUUUAGGCCAAUGGGAGGAUAAACCUUUAAACUCCCCCUCCUCUUCUGCACACGCCACUGAACAUGAUAUACGUGAGGUCAAUCAGCAUACUUUUUUCAAUUUCGUUACAGAAUUUGAUGAAAAUCCGAUUUGAACAUUUUUUUUUUUUAAACGGCUUGAUCAUCUCGCGUACACUGUACGCUGAAUUCAAAUCUGGUUUUAGAAUAUUCUUAUUGCUUCGCUAGAACAUCGGUCGACAAAAAAUCCGUUUACAUUCUACUUGAUGCGCAUAAAAUGAUCGCGUUAGACAAUGAUAUUAAAUAUUAUCCAAUCCUCUUUUAAGGACGCCGCAGCCGCGUUUCCUCUCGGUCUAAACUAUGUGGGUGACGUAGCCAAAUAUUAUACGUUACUUAUAACGUAUACAUUGUGGUGUUUAGGUUGGAUAAUUAAUAUUGUAGUGCGAACGCUAAUAACACAAUAUUUAAAGACGAGAAUAUUCUCUCGAGGGCCGUUUACGUAAGCCUUUUCCUGAAAAAAAAAAAAAAAUUCGUAUACAAAAAGUCACAACUAUAUUUAGAAAACAAAGAGGGAUAUAAAAUUUGGAAAUUUUUUCAUAUUAUAUACAACGUGCAGAACUUAUACGCUAAUUUUUAAUUUAUAUUUUUUCGAAUAAUUUACAAUUAAAUCUGCUUGAAAAUUCUUAAUAAAUUAAUAAAUUGAAAUCUAAUAAUAAUUAUAAUAUUGAUACUAAUUAGUAUAAUCACUAUUAGUUUAUAUUUGGUUGUUUUGGUGUUAAUCUUACUUCCUAAAUAUUAUGUAGUGAUAGCGGAUGGUUUCAAUGACGUAAUUUGGAACUUGUUCUAGGGGAGAAGGAUAUGAUAUCUAAAAUCUAGUUACUACGUCUUCGCCAGUAAAGGAGUGUACAAAAAUUAAAAAAACCUCAAUAUUUUAGCUCUGAAUAUAAUAUAUUCACUGUACAAAUUCAAUUAACCGUUUAUAUUGGAAUCUUAAUUCGCGUUUGUUUUUCGUUAUUUUUUUAUUUUUAUCAAGUAUAAGAACAUUUUCGUAUUAACUUUGAAAAAAAAAAUUAAUGAUAUUAGACUGUCUUUUUAAAAAAAAAUUAAAUCAAUAUUUACGAAUCACAACUAUUAUGUCAUAUAAAGUCAAUUUUAAAAUUUAAACUAUAGAUAGCUAUUAUAAACUUCAGACGUUAACAACAAAAAGUCUAGAGGGUUGUCAUAUCUAUAUACAUAUCAAUUUCAUGAAUACUAUCAGCGAAAAGAGUUUACUCUGAAAUUUUAAUUAAAUUUUUAUUUUUAAAGAUUGAUAUCUUUAUUAGGCCACAAGAUUUUAAAUAGAAUAUCAAUAUAUACCUACUUAUUUUUUAAAAACAAAAAAUGGGCUCUAAGGAGUUGUCUCUACUCCAUAUCCUAUCUCCCCCCAAGUAGUUACGCCACUGAUUGGGUUCCGUUUAUAAAUCAGAAAAUAUUCUAUAACACGUUCAGAUCUUUUGAUACAAUGACCCGAUUAUAGGUACCUAUACCAAUAACAUUUUUUUUUUAAAUUUGUCCGACUAAAAAGUGUAAAGAAAUUUGGAUUCAAACAAUACACAACAACAGUUGUAUAAAUAAUAUACACUUAGAAACGGUCAAAGGAUUCUACUUGAAUUCUGGCCUCUUGAAUAAGCCACUGAAACAAAAACUAACAUUGCUAACAAAUAACAUUUUUGCGUUUUAAUUCAAUAAUUUCAACCUAAACGUCGGCCGUGUUGCCCGUCAGACUGACACAGUAGACGAGUGUAUGAAAUCGCCUAGUAAAUUCUGUUAACCGUAUACAAUAUCAUAUUUAUGAUAUUCGUUAUUAUUAAUUCGUACGUGAUAUUACAGUAUUAUUAUUAUUAUUACGUAUGUGCUUGUGUGUAUAACGUCGUGUAUAUAAAUUGUAUAAUGUGUACGUAAAUAUGUUUUUGUUUUUAAUACCGAGUGCAUUGAAAUACUAUUAUGAUAUUAACUACGAAGUUUGUAUGAUAUUGUAUGUACUCCAAAAGAAUAUAGAGUCGGACGCAGCCCCAGCUCAUCACGGAGACGCCCGGAUUGGCAAUACGACGACGAUGUAGACUCCUAUAAAUUGUUCGUUUCGAACUACGACGAUUGGACUUUAUUUGACGACCAAUUCCAGAGUAAGUGUAAUAUAUUAUUUUGCAUUGCACCUGAUAUGAUUAUAAUAUUGUUAUAAAUAUUAGCGUGAUACGCCGCCGCCAAAGUUUCUCGGUCGUGUUUUCGAAUUAUUGUCACACAAACGGUAUAUAUAUAUACAUAUAUGACGAUCGGAUUUCAGGGCCGAUCGAAAUACAAAUAUUUUUUAAUAGGCGCUGCGAUGUAAGGGGGGCGGGGAAGAGGGAAAGAAGAAAAAAAAAGUCACCGUCAAAUCUCGCCACGCGACGAACGUGUUAUUAUAAUGCAUACAAUAUAAUUUUUGUUAUACGAGUAAAGUGGUAAACGCGGCACGUUUCAUCCCCCCCUCCCCGAUUGUGGGGAUUGGUUUUUUUUUGUCUCUCUCGUCGUCCGUUUCCCGGCGGCGUUUUAAUUUAUCAUCGAGAUUAGACCCCGUACACGUUUUUUUAUCCGUAACAUUUUUUUUCUUUUUCUUUUUUAGCGUGUUAUAAUGAGGUAUAACUACGGUUAAAUGCUUAAAAUAUUAUUAAUUAAUAUUAUUUAGUACUACUGCCAGACUAUUUGCGUAUUUUUUACGAUAUUUUUAUUAAGUAGAUAUUCUCAGUGGAUGAAAUUCUUCGACCGAACAGAAAUGCUUGAAAUUGUAACAGAAAAUUCAUACGUGUCGUACUUAGCGGUUAAAAAAUCAAAAAAUUAGUAUAAUAAGUUAUAACUAAUAAUGUAUUUAUUUUUUUUUUUAUAAGAACUUUAAUAUCAAACUUUUGAUGAAAAUCGUAAAUAUUACGGCCUUUCGAAACAUGUAUAGUCAAACUUCGCUCAGAAUCGCUUUUCAUGAGCAAUGAUUAAUUGUUGCGUACAGACGUGCAUUGAAUUCGUAUUAGUACCGGUACAGUCCCGAUUCGCCGCCAUCUAGAUUCUUCGUAAAAUAAUAUUAUUUUAGUAUUUAAAGUAAUACGGAUUUCGGACAUAAAUUACGCCGCUGUCGUAAACGAAAAGCGGGACCGUGGAUGGUCGACACUGACAUGCGGGGGAGGAAAGGUCAAACGUCUAUUUAUGCAGUAUAAUUCUUGAACAAUCACUCCAUCAAUAAAUAGAAGUUGAAAGUUUUUUGGUGAGGUAUACAACAUUUUCUAGAGGGAUAGAACUUUGUCCCCCUCCGUCGUUUUACCACUAUAUAGCUAACCGUAAGUCACCAUAAUAGAAUUAUUAGCCGUAUACUAUAAAAUCGAUAAAUCUUAUUUAGAUGUAAACGUAAUGAUUAUUACGUAUAAAUUAUUAUACAUUGUACGUACUCGUCUCUACAUCAUUGAUUAUUGCUCUCUAGGAAAUCCGGACGAGUAUUAAACACGUGUAGCCGGCUUUAGAUUACAGUAAAAUAUUAUCAUUGUUAUUGGUGUCGGUAGGUACAUAGAGACGAAGAUUAUUAAUUUAUUGUGCGUGGUAAUGACUCGGGCGGUUCGUAUCGACAGGUGUAUUAUCACCGGUACACCGAGUUGUUUGAACUAUGGGGGAGAGGGCAUGAGCGAACGGGAUAAUUUACUUUCCACAGGUUUUAGCGUGUCCCACAAUAAAAUUAAUUAUACGCGGAAACGCUGGUAAAACUCAUUAUUAAUAUCCUGUAUCAAAAUGAAAAAUACCGAUCGUUUUGAAUUUUCGUUUAUUUAAAUUUUUUAUUAUUUUUUUUUUUUUUCAUAACCGAUAUUUCGUUAAAGUGAAUCAAAUCGUUUAAUUUAGAUAAUUAAAAUUUGGCAUUUAUGAGGGUUGAGUCACCUAUAUAGGAGAAUUAAUCAUUCCGGAACCCUAAAUCGAAAGAAAUCUAGUUGUUUUUUUUUUGUAAAUUUACUGACUACAGAUUUCAUCACAAAUUAUUUCGUUGUUUUAGUGUAUACAGCCGACCGGUUGUUAUUACAGGUGCACAAAUAACAAACAACAGCGUGUUUGUUUUUUUAUUUUUUGUGCCGCUCAUAAAUUAAUUUUGACUAUCUUUCUUCGAAUUUAUAAAAGAAAAAAACAAUCCGGAUAUUUUUCCAUUCGUGAAAUUUGAUUUUUUUGUUUUAUUUCCCAUAUUUGAUUUGUUACACGACGCAUAGGAAAUCCGAUUAGGUACCUAUAUAAACAAUAACUCGACACAAUCAAAAGACAGAAUAACGAAAGAUUAAAAGGAAUUUUUUUCGAGGAUCUUAAACCGUAACUAUAUUACUAAAGUCUAUACCAUAAUAUAAUAUUGAUAUUCGAAAUGCAGGAUGAUUCUGCGUAGAGUUUUAAGCACCGUCAGACGUAGGACGAAUCGAACGAAUGUAAGACGGUCGGGGCAACCAGAGCCGCCCAGGUUCUGAAAAUGUCAUGGUGGGCUCUCUAUUUUAUAAACACAUAUACAGUUUUACCUAAAUCUUACCAUAUGUUAUUUUCUAUUUUUCUAUUUACUUUUUUUAUUUUUUUAUUUUUUUUUAAAUAUAUUCAUGUUGUUUCGUAUGUUAUGACAUUUUAAUAGUGAUUACCAAAAUCUACUCUUUUUCACUAUUAUCAAUAUCUAAAAAAAAAAACGUUUAUCUUUCUCAAUUCAACCGUUAAAAAUAAAAUUAGUAUUUUGAGGAUGGUACAUGAAAAAUAUUGAUUUUUUUUUUUUAUAUAUAUUAUGUGAACCAUGGUGGGCCGAGGGGACUGCGGUUCCAGAGUCCCCCUGUACACGGCGCCCCUGGGGGCAACCGUAUAUAUUAUGUCCGGCCGCGAUCGAAAAAUGUCGUCGGUGUUAGCGCCGCGGUUCAAAGUCGUUCGCGCGUAAUUAUGAAUCAGACCGGUCGCGCGCCGUCAUUGUUGCGGGUAUUGCGUAACGACUCGUGCGCCUCCGCGAGACGCAGUGGCGAUCGCGUUUCUCGAGCAUUCGCGUUUAUGAAUGCGCGUGGCCGACACGGUUCUCCGGGUGCGUAAAAUCGUGUGUGUAUGUGUGUGUGUGUGUGUGUGUGUGUGUAGUACGACGAUGUAUGUUACGGCGAUAUUAUUAUUAUUAUAGUACUGUUGUAGUACACGCCGCGUUAGGUGGCGGUUCAUUGAGAGCGAAAGACGGUGACGGCGGCGACGGCGGCGGCGGCCGCGUCGCUGCAUCCGCGAUCGGCCGGACGGGGGUGGCGGCGCGUGGUAUGCGGCGGCAACCGUCAAGGCCACCGCAGCCGCCACAGCGAAAGAAUCGUUCCUUUUUCCGUGCGCGACGACGACGACGACUCUCCUGUCUUUCCUUGCAGUGCACACCCGUCGUUACUCGGUCGUGUGUGCGUACACGUGUGCCCGUGUGCGUCCGUAACGAUAACGACGACGACCGCGACGACCGUACGAGCCCGCGGCGCGCCUGUACAUGUUUGUUUGCGCGUUUGUGUGCGUACAAACACAUUAAUGAACCGACCACCCAUAACACCCCUCGGCCGGCGGCCCGUCCCGCGGCCGUUAUCGUAAAAGUGAAAAAAAAAAACAAAUACGUACCGCCGACUCGUACGCACGCCCGCACGGACAGCGCGCGUACCUAUUACGAACGAUACCAAAAUAAUAACAAAUAGUACCGGCACUACUCUCUCCCGGGACGCGCACGACCGUUCCGCCGCGGUAACCGUUUCGGAACACCGCCUUUAUAUAGAAAACGUUCCCCGUUCGCCGCCGGUCGACGGUUUUCUUGCUUCGUCCGUCUAUUCUCCAUCCCGUAACCUGCCCGACGAGGAUUUGCAUUGUACAGAUCGAGGACCGUUUCCGACGCGAGCUCGCGGUCGUAGAUGGCCAAUAAUUACUCAAUCGUAUAUACGGUUUUAUUUUUACAGAGUCGGGCGAAUAUCCGACUGUCCUAGAGCGCUCGACCGUUUUUGCUUGUUUGUUUUCGUUUUUAAAUUGCGGUUGUACAAAGUCGGUAUAGAAAAUAUCUUCGGACCCGAAUAUUUCCCGCAGAGUUGAACCGUUAUCGUUUGGUUUUUAGUGUUGUGACGACGUUUUUCUGUUUCUCGUCCCGGUGACCACCCACCGCGAUACUUGCUGUUCGCUAACGACUGCAGCAGUAUAAUAGUCACGAAUACUCGUUGACGAAAAACGAUUCUGAGCGAGAUUUCGAUAAACUCGAUAAAUUUUUUUUAUUUUUAUUUGUAUGAUGUACAGACUCUUUUUGACAUGAAAUAACUAACCACAUAAUGCAGGAUAAUUUAAAUAAUUAUUUCUACCAUGAACUGGUGUAAAAGAAAAUUUAAACAAAUUCAUUCAGUUAUUAAAAUGACAACAAUACAAUGAUAACACGUUGGAUAAUAUUUUAAUCUUAUUAUAAGUCUCAUGAUUUGAAUGCACUUAUGAAUACAUAAAUUGUUGGAUUGGUUGGUGGGAUUUUUAGUUUUCAAGGUAGGUAAAUCUGAUUUUAAUUUAUUUACUUUCUACUUAUCAGUUGUUGGAGAACGCACCCUCACCCGAAUUUGUACAUAGGUAUAGGGGAUCUGUGAUACGGCGCAUCCCUCCGUUUGUACUUGUCUAUAGGUUGAACGGAUACACAAACAGGCCGCACCCAAACCCAUGACGGCUAUAAUAAUAAGUAUACACUUUACCAUAUUUUUCUCUUUAGUUUUCGUUAUUUAUUAUAACAUCUCACCGAUCGGCCGGCGAGUACGGGCUAUAUAGGUACUGCCGCGUAAUAUAACGUGGAGCCGACGACCACCGCCGUCCCGGGUGACUGCCGUAACGCUUCGGCGGGUAAACCGAAUUGAGAACGUACAACAAUAAUAACAAUAAUAAUAUACGUGUACAUAGAGUCGUUUAUAGAAAAAAACAAAUUAUAUACAUUUUAUUUUUAUUAUUAUCGUGUAUAAAACACGCGCACACAAACUCUUCUCUGUGUGUAUAUGUGUACUGUGGGCCUUGUGCUCUGCUUUGCCAUCACAACACUUCUUUCGUAAAAUACCGUCACCUAUAUAUAUAUAUAUAUAUAUAUAUAUAUAUAUAUAUAAUAAUAAUAUAAUAUAAACCUCCUCUCAUAAUACUAUUCCGGUGCGUGAUGGUAUUUUAUUCGGGAAAAAAAAAGUAUAAAAUAAACUCGCUCUUUCUCUCUGUUUGUCUCUCUCUCUCUCUCUUUUUCUCUCUCUCUCUCUGUCUCUCUCUCUCUAUCUGUCUCUGUCUCGUUAGUCGCGCGCGGUCGUCGUCAUCGUCACACAGCCGCGGCUACGACGACCGCGGCAGGUGGGUAGUGACUCGGUGCGGCGGCGUUUAGGUCCGCCGCCGCCGUUUCCGGCACACAAUAACACACAGAACGUCACCUAAACAAUACUAUUAUUACUGCAUGUAUUUAGUCCGAAUCUGUGGAAUUUUCGGUCGACUUCAAUAAUCCGACGGGCUUAAAAGCCCCGGAUCGAGAUAGUUGCGUGUGGGGGCGUAUUUAUAGCAAGGUGGGUCCCGUCGCUUAAUUUGUUUAAUGUAUUCUUAGGAAACAAGGUGUUAUUUGUGUAAAUCUAAUACUAAUAAGCGAGCGAAAAAAAAUAGAGUUCUCAAAUAUUCGAUUCAACUCGUAUAAUAUGCAGUCCAUGUGGGUCCCGGAGACGUUUAAAAUAACGAUGACGAAUAUUGUACAGAAGAACCAUUAUUAUCAUUUUUUUUUUUUUUUUUUUUUUUUUUUUUUUUGUAAUUUUUGAGCGGAAAUAGAAUGGACAAAAAUAAAAUCAUUGUGUCACAAUUUUUAAAAAAAGCCGAGUGAGAACAGGUCGAGGUGGUAGUAUACGAACAACGGCUGAACGUCGACAGGAUGGGAAACUAGGACUGUGAACUAAGGAGGGGAGGAGAGCUGCAGCCCCGGUUCGCGAGACGAAGGGGGCUCCACAAUGAAAACCGUAUAUUUUUCCACUUCAUUGGCGUAUAUUUUUUUUUUUUUUGGAUUCCGCGUGUAGCGAAGGAGAUAACAAUAGUAUAAUAUUAUGGUUUCAUGAAAACGCGGGAUUCGAAAUUGAAAAACAACUUUCCUUUCGCGGUUUGAAGGGGAAGAUAUUGUUAUUUCGCACGAUAUGCGCUUAACAAUAUUAUCGAGUUUAAUCGCGAAAAACGCUUAAUUGUACCGUAAUAAUUACAAUCGAGUAUGAUAAUAUUUUUGUUUAUAAUAACGAAUCUCAUCACGAGUGUGUUAUAAACAACGCGAGUAUGUGCGUGUGCGUGCUCGCGCGCGUUCGAGUUCAACGGGUUCGAUUUCGAUAUUGAAUAUUUCAAUUUACCUAAUGAACCAAUCGUUAUUAUAAUGCAUUAUAUACUAAUACAUAUUUGUAUUAUUAUUUAUUUUAUCCGAUAAAAUUAUCAAUAACUGCAUGUUAUACGCGGUAUACAGUCUUAUCGUGGGAGUUCGUGUACAGAAUAUAUAGAUAAAAGUAACAAGAAUAAUAUAAACGCUGAAUACCGGAUAUUAAAUCAUUAUUAAAACGUUCGAGUACUACGAGUAGCUCGGUUUUUCGUAAUGAAUUUACGAAUUUACGUGAAUUUCCGGGCGGACUUUUUACCCUGCAGAUUCUCGACAGUUUUUCGAUAAAAAAAAAUAAAAAAAAUAAUAAUAAUAAUAAUUGCCCGUCACGCCACUCUGUGCCGGUACGCCACUGGCGCGGACGACGAUCCGGCAAGACGGGUUCGCGUUUUGUUUUAUUCCGCCGGUUCGCGGUACAUUAUCCCAUAGGUAUACGAUAUUAAUAUACAAUAAUAUUAUACUGUUACGACAAUACGAUUUGUCGUACAAUACCCGCGCGUAAUUCGAGGGUAUAUAAUGUUAUGCGUAAUAAUAAUACAUUAUAAUGGUGACUAACGAUACACGUACCGAUUCGCGAAAACCGAACAACAAAAGCGCCGCCGCGGAAUCGUCCCGGAAACGCGGUUCCGGUUUUAUCGGCUGUAUCAUCGUCGCCGUAUCGCGGAUUAACGCCGCGGUCAUCUCCUGUGUAAUUAUUUUCGGGUUUUUUUUUUUUUUUCAUUUUUUCUCGUUUUCAUUAUAACGUAAUUAACGCGGCGUCGGCGGCGGUCGCCUCCGUGUCUGCGUGCCGCGCGCCCGUACUUAUUCGACGGUAGCGCAUGCGCGGCGGAAACCGUCUACGCCGCCGCCGUAUUAUUACCCGGCGACUUCCUAUUCCGUACGGCGACUCCGCCCCGCCACCGCCGCCGCCGCACGCCUAGCGGACAGUAGGUCGGACGCGCGAAUCGUGAUGAAUCCGCCGCUCUGUACCCGCAGUACGGGCAAUGUCGUUAUUUUUCUCAUUACCCGGACAAUUGAUAUUUCGCUCGCCGUCUACAGCGGUACACAUAUAUAUAUAUAUGUAUACACAUCAUAAUAUUAUUAUAGUCACCCUGCAACGGGGACCGUGGAUUUGGCUUCCGAUAUUGGGUGAACUACCUUAUCGAAAACUGAAUUGGCUGCCCCCCAAGGAACUGAAUAUCGAAUCGGAUCCCAAUGCAAUUUUGAACUAGCAGUUCUCAAAAUAUAAAAUGGUUCUAUAAUAAUAUAAAAGUGGCAAAAAGUACGUGAUUUGAAUAUUUUAUAACGACACGGUGCCAAAUAACCGCCGGGAAUUAUCUAACCGUUAAUUCGAUUCUUGCAAACAAAUGUUUAGGCCAAUGUAUUUUAAAAAUUAUUUUAAUGUGUAGUUGAAUUUAUUUCCGAACAAUGUUGAUAGACUUUGAAAUGUAAAAAUCGUGUUUUAAAUUAUUCUAACAUAAUUCAAUUAUUAUUUCGAAACAAUUUUUAUAACCAAUAGAUUUAUUAAAUAAAUGCAGAGGGAGCCAACUCAAUAUAUAAAUCUUGGGAGCCAAUUCUGCUCGUAAAAACGUCGAUUACCUGAAUUCGGGAGUCAAUUUAGUAGCUCCGCUUGCUACGCGCCGUUUUGAUCCCGCAAAGAUAUCGCGGCGAGGUUUUAUUGUUUUUCGAACGAGCAGCCGGAAACGCAUCACGGUUUUACAAUAAUAAUGUGUAUGGUUUUUUUUUUUUUUUUUAUGUCGGUAAACAACUUUUCUUCACCUAUACCGAAAAUUUGUAAUCCAAUCGAAUAUAAUUUUUCGUUUAAUUGAUGCAUCAUUUUUCGUUUACAAUUUUCGUCAACGUCCGCCCGUUAAUAAAGAACACAGUUCAAGUGAAUAUUAAAAUCUGUUCAGAAUUGUUUUAAGCAAUAGUUUAUCGUUGUAUACAUACCGAUGUAAUAAUUAAACUUCUAUAAAUCCUUUCCCAAAAUGAUGGCACACUCAUCGUGCAGUAUCGGCCUUAAAAAAAAAAAAUACAUUAAGGUAGUUAUUUUUCGAUGUUCAUCGUGGUUUUUUUUUUUAACAAUCGGGAAAAAAACCGGGAAAGUUUACUGCAAUAACGGAUUCGUUAUUUCGGAAUUUGUUUUUUUUUUUUUUUCAUAUUGGCCUUUUCUAGACGAGGUGAAAUUUUUUUCUCGACGCAUUUGACGUUUUUGAAUUUGUUUUAAGUGUUUAUUUGGCUCUAUAACACGCGGUUAAUUUUAUUUCGAUCAAACAGCUGGACGAAUUAACGCGGCGAAAUUCACUCGAUGGUUAAAAACAAAGUGUCGAUCGUAAUAUGUAGCGGUUUUUUUUUUUUUGUUCCUUCCGUUUAAAUCGAAAAACGGAAAACCUAUAUAUGGGCGCUCGGACGGGGUCGAGAUUUUUCGGCAUCUUCCGUAAUGACAGAUGCCAUAGGGGCAUCUGCUCUCUCCCCCGGACUUCAACAUUUCAAUGAUUUUAAUAAUUAGUUAACACAAUUUUCGUACUUUUCUGUGUUUGAUUUUAUUACGUUCCUUUCUGAAAAAUUUUCCCGCGUGCGCCCAUGCCUGUAUAUAAUAUUCAUUUGUUCGUCUGAAUUUUCCGCGCAGUUUCCGCAGUUCGCACGUCACGGAUCAUCACGAAGCCCGUAAUUUACCGCGUAUAUUCUAUUGUAAUAAUAAUAAUAAUAAUAAUAAUUAUCACUGUGUUAAUAAUAAUACGUUGGUCCCGAAGCCAGGUCGAGGCGAAACACGACAGCCGAGUGUGCGUGCGCGAUAUCGUGAACAAAAAAAAAAAAAAAUAAUAAUAAUAAUAAUAAUAAUAAUAAAAUCGUCCCCGUGUCGUGUGUCGUAUCCGGCGGUAACGUGCAUAAUAUUAUCGUCGGCAGCGGCGGUUGUAUUCUGUACAUGUCAUUAUAUUUUGUCGCGUUAUAUUAAUAUUAUGUUAACGUGCCAAUAAUAUAUAGGUGUGUUUUGGCGAUGCAAUUUUGAGUGACCUGUAGCUGGUUACUAGUUUAAGUGAACAAACUGCUUCGGCGACAUUGUUCACUAUUUAAUAAAUUGUUUGAUAGUUAAAUGCUUUUUAUUCGGUGACCGGGUUGCCGGAAUCAGCAAACAUUUGAAAACUGUAUGCAUUUACUGUCCUUAGUUACUGAUAAUCCACUGGAAACGACUAUCGUUCCAUCAUUCCGUUCAUUUAAUGAUAAUUUUUACGUGUUUCAGUAUUUUUGAAUUAGAAAAAUACAAAUGUCAUGCGUUGUAAAUAUUUAUUUAUGACAAUGUCAUACGACAGAAAUAGCAUUGAAAAUGGUAGAUUUACAAUUUACAACGACCCCUUGUAAUUUUUCGAUUGAAUCAUUUUUUUUUUGGUAGAAAACAUCGUCCGUGUUUUUACAAAAUAAUGAAAUCGUGAAAUUGUACGUUUCCCUACGUUUUUUCCCACUUAAGUGCUUUUAUUUAAAAAAAUGGCUCGAAAAUCAAAAAAUGAGCUCUUUUUAAGUACCUUUUAGAUAACUUGAGUUUUCAGAAAAGUUGAUUCACGUAAAGCUUACUAGGAGAAAACGUGUCUACAGACUAGAACAAAAAAAAAAGAAAUAAACAAUAUUGUAAAAUCAAUAGUUCUCUGGCUACGCUCGGAAUCUAAAAUAUAUGCAUUAUAUUUACCGUAGUUUUACAUUUUGUAAUUAGUAUUAUUAUUAAUUUUUUUUUUUUUAACGACUGGAUCAAACAACACUAUAUAUUAUUAUAUUAUUUUUAUCGUAUUGACGUUAUCAUAAUAAUAAUAGUAUAAUCAAUAUUAUACUGACAAUACUGUUUUCCCCUUAUCGCCUAUUGUGAUUUCGCUUAGGGUUUAACGACGAUAAAAGCAGUAAUAAUAUUUGUGUAAUUCACUAUUGUGCGUUAUUCGUACGGUUUUUGUUAUAUAUCGGCCGGGAUACGAUUCAGUAUUAGAUUGCUUCAUGGCCGUAGGAUUUGACGGUAUUUAUGACAUCGUUCUUAUCAUCUUCAUCAUAAUCAGUUUCUAAAGGCAGAGUGUUGUCGUUGUAACCAAAUUUCUCUAUCACACACCGAAUUCUUCAGGUGUUGGUAUGAAGUAAAGCCCAUUCGGUGUUUGGUGUCUUGAAGUACAUGAUGAUUGUCUGAAUUUUCCUUUUGAACGUUUUCCCAUAAUCUUCCCAUCCAAGAUAUUAGUAAUAAAAUCGUUGUUUCUUGUCCGAUAAGCUUUACUUUCUUUUUCAUAAUAGUAGUAAAAAUGUUUUUUUCCUCGCCCAUUUCCUGCAAGACGGUGUCGUUUCUUUUCCUUCCUGUCCACUUUGUCCUCAUUGUUGUUCUCUGAAUCUACGUCUCUAUCGCUUCCAACAUUUCUUUUUCAUAGUUAUUUAUGUUCUACGUUACACAUCCAUAAUGUAGAAUACUUCAGAUACAUUAACAUCAUUCUAGUUCGCGUCUAUUAUACGCAACUGCGGAUUCGCAUUUUUAGUAGGUAGGUAGCUGAUUAACCCGACCCGUAACCUAUAUAGAGGCGUGUGACGAUCGUUUUUUGAUUUUAAGAUGGCGGUGGUUAGUGACCGUGUAUUCUGAAAUAUAUUAUAUAAUAUGCCAUAAAACAUUGAAAAACUUGUCUUUUUCGUAAACCCGUGUUGAUGAUUUUUCUAUUUGGCAAACGAAUAUAUAAAAACUGCAUUUUUCGCUGCUCCAUUUUCUCGCCGCACCACCACCACACUACAUCGGUGUGCAAUCUGCCUUACUCGUAUUAUAAUGGACAGUGACCUAAAUACAAAUUAAACGUCUUAAUUCGUAAAUACAUAGUUGUAACGCGCCGUAAUUGAAAUAAUUAAAUAACUAGUAUUUCAGUGGUGUUUUAAGUUCUGAGUGUGGUGAAUAAAAAAAAUAUAUUAUGUACAACAUACGUUUUUUACAUAAAUCAAUCAUUUGAUUGUGUGGCAUACAUUAUUGUAAUACAAGUGGGGGAAAAUUUUGUAACUAGCAAAACGUCGAUGCGUGCGAUGUGAGUGGUCUUGAAUUAAGGGCGAAAUUACUCGUAUCUGUACAACGGUUUUGUAAUAUUACUGUUGAUUAUACGAAGGAAUGAUAUUUUGCGAUAUUAUAUAAAGUUUUGACAAUCGCCGGUGGAACGCAACCUCUAUACAGAGUGCACGGGACUUGGGUGUGGACUGGUAAAAAGGGAAUGGGAUGCUAUACUUAAUCUUAAGGCAAGUAUUAUAAACAAUUAUAGUAAUGAAACGCGGUAAAAAUUUACUUCAAUUUCUCAUUAAAAAUUGACUUCGAACUUCGGAAGUUGGGAAUGUAGGUAUAAGAUAUACUAUCUAUACAUAUUAUGGCGUACCUUUAGCGCAAACGAAAAACGUCUCCGAUGUAAUAAGUUCAGUUCAGUAUGUUUUGACGAUUUUCAAUUGAAAAUCGCGUAUUAUUUUGCAACUACAAAAUAAAUUAAAAAGAAAAGAAAAAAUUCUAAAAUUUCCAAUAUUUUUAAAGUAUUUUGCCAUAACCCCCCCUCCCUCUCGUAAAUCCACUACUGGGCGGACCGUCAAAAUACCGUUGAUUCGUCUAUGCUACCCGUCUAUAUUGUGCUAUCAAUUGUAUUGUUAUUGUUACCCGUCCUAACGCGUACUUACCAAUGCGUUAUCGUUAAGGCGGCGCGUCACGUUGCUUAGUACCUAUAUUAACAUAGUAAUUGUGUGUCGUGUUUGUGCACAGGCAACUUCCACAGCAGCAAAUCGUUCGACCGCGGUAUAUCGGGCAGAGUGGACUCCUUGAGAGCCUCCACAGAAAAGCCGGCAUCGAGAUUCGGCCUGUCCCCAGACGUAGAUGACGACGAGGACCGUUUCCCCGAAGCCAAAGCUGUCCCGGAAAAGUAUACUGUGAAUGGACCACAAGGAACCCGAACAUCCUAUAGGGAUGUUCUGGUAACCGAUGCACCCAGAACGAAAUACAUCACCAAAUGUUAUGAUCACAUUCCACGAAGAGCCCGAUCCAUAGGAAACAGAUUUCUCAUACAGCCUCCAUUUCAGUUCACAAAAUUGAAACCGACCAAAGGAGAAGAGCGUCCUGUAAAAUCUCUUCUCGAAAAAAUGUAUCCAAUACUGUCCGAAAUCCACGUCCCCGAAGAUUUUCCCGCCCAUCUCGCGGUAACGACAGCGACCAUCAACAAAGUUCCGAUAAUGUCUCCUUCACACGUUGCAAAAGUGACACCUGGCGAAUUUAAAGAGGCUUCCGUAGAAUUUCCUACCCAUUUCGAGGUAGUGACACCUGCACCAGUAGUCGAUGGCUUCCCCGUAAGAUUCCCGGCCUAUCUCGCUAAAGCAACUCCGACCGAAGACGCCAAAGGUGUCAAGACUGUUACACCCAUUGACACUAACAACAUUUCUACAGUCAAUGUUCAUACCGGGGUGGCCGACUCAGAUGACCUCCCGGUGGUGGUGCACGACAACGGACCCGGACAAGUGUUCAAAAUGGCGUUCAACAAGAAUGACCCGAUUAUAGCUUUGCUUAAGGAUCCGAAAGUAUUCAAGGAUUAUGUACGGGUGUCGGUGGAUCUGGCAAACGUGUUGCCUGAAAUGAUCGAGCAGAUGGACGUGUUGACGAAGCGGUGCUUACAUAUAUCCUGGGAAAGCGAAAACGUUCUGGUCUUGGUCAAGUCCAAACCCAUGGCGAACGGCGAGUGUAUGAGAUACACGGCGCCUAUGAGCAUGGCCGAAGAGUUGAAUUACACCAGACAGCGGUGGGCCGACCGCCAGUUAAAGCAUUAA